CUACUCGCCGUGACGGCUGCCGGCCCUCAUAUGGCGGUCGCAACAACCAGCGCUACCGCCGUGGUGGUGGAGCACGUUCCCCGUUCCCAAACUUUGCGUUUAAUCCAAACGCAAAUGCCUCCUUUCUCUCCUACUUCAUGGUCAGCUCGCCCAGCAUGGUCCAAUGGACUUCUUGGUCCAGGCCCGCAAAGGUGUUUUAACUGCAAAACUAAUCAGCAUGGAUUGAAUCAGUGUCCCCAUUGUUAUUCCGGCCCAACCACUACUCCUCCAUUCGCGGGUGCACAUUUUCUUGGUGAUCCAAAUUGGUAUCCCGAUACUGGAGCUACACACCACAUGACCGCUAUGCCUCUUCAAAAUUCUCAGCCUUAUGGUGGUCCACACAAUGUCUAUAUGGGGCCCCUGUAAAGAUGGCCUCUGCCCCCUUCUUCUGUCGUCUGUUCCCACCAUUCCUCAAGCUCUUGCCACCUUUCAAUCCUCACUUUGGCAUAAUCAGUUGGUCACCCUUCUUCUUCUUCUGUCAUAGCUCGAUUAGGAUCACCUCU